UGCUCUUUCAUCUAGAUCUCAAAUGAUUUAGACCGUGCAGACACGCCACUAUGGACAAUAAAUUCGAAAGCGGACCAGAUUACCCGAAACUUUUAGAUAACAAUGACCCUUUAGGUCAUUAUCGAAACAGAUUUUACCUGAAGAAAGAAUCAAUAUACAUGUGUGGCAACUCCUUAGGAUUAGCUUCCAAAGACGCAGAGGAGUCAUUGUUAAAUGCUAUAGAACAUUGGAAGGAGAAUGGAAUCAAGAUUUGGAAUGUGGAGAACAAUAAAUAUUACUUAUACUCAUCAUAUUUAGCCCGUUUGAUGGCGCCUCUAGUAGGAGUGGGCGAAGAUGAAAUUGCUGUCAUAGAAUGUACUACAACAGUUAUUCAUCAAGCGAUUAGCACUUUUUAUAAACCAACGAAAGAUAAAUACAAGAUAUUGGUCGAUGAUAUAAACUUUCCAACAGAUCGAUACGCAGUCGACAGUCAAGUGAGACUUCACGGAUAUGAGCCGAAAGAUGCUGUGAAAGUAGUGAAGAGUUUCGAUGGAAAAUAUAUGAAAGAAGAUGACAUUAUAGACGCGAUGAGUCCGGAAGUAGCUCUGAUUCUACUACCUACAGUCUAUUACAGAACUGCCCAAAUAAUAGACAUGGAGAAAGUGACUAACGCUGCAAAAGAACGAGGGAUUAUUAUAGGAUGGGACUUGUGUCAUGCAAUUGGAGCAUUAGAUAUGAAUGUAAAGGCUUUAGAUGCAGAUUUUGCCGUUUGGUGUAACUAUAAAUAUUUAAAUGGAGGUCCAGGAGCUGCUGCUGCGUUAUAUAUUAACAGGAAGCAUUUUGACCUACUGCCUGGUAUGGCUGGAUGGUAUGGCAACAAGCCAGAAACUCAAUUUAAUCUGAAACAGGAAUUUGAACACCAAAAAAACGCUAGCGGCUGGCAAAUUGGCACGCCAUCUGUAUUUUCAAUGGCAGCAAUGGAAGGGGCUUUAAGAAUGUUCAAUGAAGCUGGUAUGUCAAACAUUAGAAAGAAAUCUUUGCAUAUAACGAAGUAUAUGAUGUAUUUGGUGGAAGAAAAGCUUGGAAAAUUUGGAUUUGUUAUUGGAAAUUUGAGGAAUGAUUCUCAAAGAGGUGGUCAUAUUUGUUUGGAGCACGAUGAGGGUUAUAGAAUCAGCAUGGCAUUGAAGUCUCGUGGGGUGGUGUCUGAUUUCAGAGAUCCCAAUGUCAUAAGGUUGACUCCGACAGCGCUGUACACAAGUUAUGUUGAGGUUUACAGAGUGAUAGACAUUUUAAAAGAGAUUAUGAAGAGUGAGAGCUAUUUGGAAUUCGGACUGAAGAGAGAUUACGUUGUUUGAAUAAAUUUUUUUGUAAGUCAAUUAUAAUAUUGACUCAUGUCAGGUAGAUUUUCUAGAUAACAAAUGAUUUUUAGCUUUUGAAACCCUUUAGCCUGAAACCUUUUUAACGUAGUAUGUCCUUUGACCGGAGCAUCGCUCGCAUGGUAAAUUCAAGGUAUAACGUACCCUAUAUUAUCUGAAAGUGUAGUUUAUUUCUGUGACAAUAUUAUAGUAAUAAAAAGAAGUAGGUGUUUUAAAAGGCUGCAUUUUUUUACUUGCAGAUGAAUAUUAGUUAUCAAAGUCACAUGAAAAUAAUACCUUCAGUAUUUUUAGUGUGUCGUAUACUUGCUCUUAGGGAACGCACUCCAUGAUGUAGUCAUACUUACUCUUUGUGAUUUACACCAUAGUAACAGUUGCUAUGUAUAUAUUGAUAUUAAAUAAUUCAAAAUGUAAAAAGGUUAAAAUGUAUUAAUAAAUUUUAUUUAACAUAGUGUUAGAGGAAAUAGAUUAUUUUUGAAUAAAACAGUUAAUGUUUUUAAUGUUUUAUUUGAAAAUAGGCUUAAACUAUUUACGCCAGUUGCAAUGUGAUUAAAAAACGUCUAAAUUUAUCAUCAGCGUCACAUCAACAAUAAAUAAAUUUCUGCUAUCACAUCGGGCCCUUGUAUCAAAUACAAUGCUCACUAAUUCUUCUAUUUCCUUUUAAUCACACCACAACUUUACAUUUAUAAAUAAAAAAUAUUCUUGUAAAAUAAUAAUUAACAAAUGUCAAAACGUCAAUUGCAGCUAGAGAUAAAA